AUGUGGUACUCAAACUAUUUGAUCGACAAAAGAUAUGAAAUGAUUAAAUCUGGUAAAGAAUUUUACGAGAAUUUCGAUAUCAAUGCCAUCAGAAAUGUGUUCAGAAGAGCCGCUCAAAUACAUAUGAAAAAGUCAUUCAAAAUCCAUAACCUUUGGUGCCUUUUUGAGGAACGCGAGAAUAAUUUUGUGGAAGCGAUCAAAAUAUUAGAUAAAUUUGAGUCCGAAAAUCCACAUCUGAUUGAAUCGAUUCUCUCUAAAAUACAUUUAUACCACAGAAAGGGAGACUUGAAUGAAGUGAACUCACUAUUCAAGAGCUCAAUCGACAAAUUCAAAGAUAAUCCUAAACUCCACUCUCACUUAUCCAUACGAUUCAGUCGUUUCCUAUUCAAAGUGAUGAAAAACACUGAAUCGGCGGUCGAUGUACUUAACGGCGCCCUUAAGACGGAUCCGUAUAAUUAUAGCAUUUAUUUGCGAUUAAUUGAUAUUGAAUACCAAAAGCGUGACAUAAAUGUAACAAAGAUUGAACAGUUAUUUGACGAUUUGAUUGCAAGCACUCAAUCCAUUGCCCUUAAGAUAUCAACCACUCAACGAAAGCUUGAAUUCAUGCAAGACUUUGGUUUGAGUUGCGAAAAUAAAAAUACAAACUGUGUUGCAAUCGAGGAGGAUUGUCAAGACAUCGAUCGACAAGUGAAAGAAAUAAUGGACGAUCUCUUGGACACCAUAUCAAUGGAUGAAACGAAACUAAGUAUAAUAUCUGAAGACACGAUUGGAGAGUCGAUGGGAGACAUUACACAACAAAGCAUUGCUAAUAUGGAUGAGACCUACUAUGAAGCGGAACAGUCUUUCCAUUGCCUCCCGAAGACCGACUGUCCGGACAGUAGUUCCCCUCCGAGUCGGUCCCCAAUCAGUGAACUCACGCUUGACUGCCAACCAAACGAUGAGCCAAAUCGGUGUCAAACAGAUGAUGAAAAUGAGAAGGAGUAUUCGCCGAAAUAUCACCGCAAAGAGGCCGACAAUACGACUCCGAAUCAGUCGAUCAGUGACUGGAAGUGCUCACCGAAUAAGAGUAAUACUAAGAGCAAUGAAUACGAUCCGUACGAUUACUAUAAGAACAUUGGCUCUAAAUAUGAUGACCUAUUGUUUCAAUGGAGUGACAAAAAGGAUACAAAAUCCAACUCUAACUCCAAGUCCAAUCCAAAGACCAGUCAGCCCUCGAGGACAUCAAUUCUCCGUGGCUUUGAUCCACUAUCGGAGCUGAGAAACAAGUCAUUUAGUGAGACUCCAAAGGAACCCAAAAGAUUUGAAAAUGAUUUAAAUAUGAGCACAGAUUUGGCCGAAAUGUUUGGUGCGAUCAGAAUCGCUGAGACGCCUAAACGACCCGAAAGGGUCAAGAGUUUCAGUGUUAGUCCCAAAAUGCAACAAAAUAUUGAUUGUUUGGAAUCCAAAGAACAGUUUCUUUUGAUCAAUGAAUUGGAGGACAGAAUCAAAGUGUUGGAAGAAAUGUUAACACAGAGAGACGACACGAUUCAAGAAACAAAGCAACAGUUGUUUGUUCUCAAACAGGACGACACUUUGGAAAUACGAGUCAAAGAGUUGGACCAACUCUUGCGAGAGAAGGACCAAACCAUUAAAGACUUGGAGCAACAAUUGUUGGACUUAAGAGUUGGCGACCAAUUGAACGAUCAAAGAGUGACAGAUAUGGAGAGACUGUUGCGGGAAAAGGAUAUUGCAAUCAAUGCUUUGGAACAGCAAUUAUUGGCUUCAAAUCUGGACAAUGAAUUGGAGGGAAGAAUGAAAGAGUCUGAACGGCUGUUACUCGAGAGGGACCACACCAUCACUGAUAUGAUGCAAGAGUUGUCGGCCGCGAAGCAAGAGAACGACAAGUUUCUCAACAUAAUCAGUGUUUAUCAUAAUAUUAACGAAGAGUUGGUCCGCGUCUCGGCGUCCGCUUGCGAUUCAAUGGCUGACGAGAAGAAUAAAGCGAUCGUUGAUAUGCUAACCGUUCAGAAGAAGUGCAACCAAUUGCAGGCAAAUAGUGAUAAAUUGAUGGCUGACUUAAAGGUAGCAAAAGAUAACGAAGAAUUUUUUAAGACUCAAAAUUUAAAUACGAAUAACAAGUUUAACGAAUUGGAGAAACACUAUCGAGAGCUUUACGAUAAAUAUGCGGCACUUGAGAGGCAACAGAGCUCACAAAACGGUAAGAAAGAGUUGGAGAAUGAGUUGAUGUCUUAUAAGAUUCAACAGAAAAAGUGCGAAAUGAGGAUCAGUUCACUGGAGAAACAGUUUGAUCAGAAGUGUAACGAAAAUAAGCAAUUGUCUGAUAUGGUCGACGAACUCAUUGUCAAAGUUCGCAAUUAA